AUGUUUGCAGCCACUGGCUCAACUGAUGCGGGUGUGAAGCCGGAGAAGAAAACUCCAAUUUUGGUCAAACAAGAAUUUGCAGCUUCAACCCCAUCGAGUCGAGGUCGAGACUCGGGCGAGACUGGCGAGACUGGCAUUCACCAAAGCUUCACAGUGCUGAAGAAUAUCAGCGAGUCGACAUCAAUUGAAAGACUGCAAAAGGCAUCUGAGAUUUGCCGAGAGGUUCUGCGAGGAAUUUCAUCUACUCUAUAUGAUUCGGUCAAGAGUGAAUAUCUUGAUCAGCAAUUAACGAAGGUGCAUACCUUGACGGGAAUUGAGGACAACUCUCAAUUUAUCCUUGGCAUCGUAGGUUCCACAGGAGUAGGCAAGAGCUCACUCGUCAACACUCUCUUAGGUGGAGACGAUCUUGUGCCCACAGACUGUGCCCUUGCUUGCACGUCCGUCGUGACUGAAAUCUCUUACAACGAUUCUGAAGCCGAGGAUGAGCUCUAUCAAGCCAAGGUGGCUUAUAUCGACCCAGUUGAGUGGAAAGCAGAACUUGAGCUACUUCGUGCUGAUAUCUGCACUGUUGACGAAGACAGUGAAGAGACGGUGUUUCUGAUGGCGGAUCCUGAUAUUUGCGAGCUUCUCGGCACGACACAGCAUAUUCGAGCUUCCAACAUCGAUGAGUUUCGUGGGACCCUCAAUCGCUACGUCAAUAGCCGAGAUAAGUCGCAAAGCGCUAUCGACAUUGCACAUGCAAUAACAAUUCUCAGUGGUAAUCAAGACGGCUCCAACGACACUAGAGGAACCAAUCAUCCUCAUGAUGCCUCAUUAGAUGACUCGUCCUUUGGUGCGGACCAUGAAAUCGGUCAUGAGAACACUGACGAGCAUCUGGCGCGGUAUCAGGGCAGCUCAAGAAGGAAAAAGAAGAUGGCCCUGUGGCCUCUGAUUAGAGUUGUUCGAAUUCACACAAAAGCUGACAUUCUCUCGAGCGGACUUGUUCUUGUUGAUCUCCUGAAGAUGUUAACAUGUUCGAUGCAGCCCGGAGUCCAGGACUCCAAUGCAGCUCGAGACGCCGUUGCUUCGCAGUAUCUACAGAAAUGCCAUGCAGUCUGGGUUGUCGCCGAUAUCACCAGGGCCGCAGCGGACAAAGCAGCUCAGAAUCUUCUGACCAAGCGCUUUAAACAACAGCUCAGACUCGAUGGCAACAUCGAGAACCUCACCCUCGUCUGCACUAAGACAGAUCACAUUAUACCAGAAGUAGCGUGGGAGCAAUUCGACUUGCACAGACAACAUGAGAAGUGGACAAAUGCUCAAAAGAGCAAGACCGCCUGGGAAGAGCAGCAUCUCCAGGAACUUCAGCAACUCGAUCAGCGAUGUACUGCUCUGGGUAAACUCGAGUUGGAGAUUACGAGACGAACCAAAAAAUGGGACAGUCUACUCGUCACCGUGCAAGCUGGUAAGAAGGCCGAGGUACCACGCACACGUGCGCGAAAAAGAAAGGCCCCCGAUGCGCCCCCGACGAGCAACAAGAGGCAUUCUGGACCAAACGUUGAGUCAGGAGCAGGAGGCAUGACCCAAGAAAACAUGCUCUUGAGUAAAUUCUACGCUUCAGCAGAAGAUGUAUGGGAGAAGCUGGCCAACAGCCCUGCGACACUGCAAGUCGGCACGGACGUCUCCCUUCCGCAAGCGCGUUCUAUGCUGCAACAUCUUCAGAGCAUAGCUGAGAUAACCGCCAAGGAGGCGUACGAGGUUGACAGGAAAACUUUCCAGCUGAACCGCGAGAAGAUUAAGCUGAACAACGAAAUGCAUGCACAACUUGCCCAGUUAAGACUUGAGUGCAUCAAGGCGAGAAAUAGUGUUGUCAAAGAGGCUGUGCGCAGGGACUUCCAGCGGGACUUGGAAGAAUCAGCCCCGGCCAAGGCUUGGAGCAAAAAUGGGGAGGCUUAUGGUUCCGGAGCUGGUUCUCGGAAUAACAGAAGCGCGGGCUUCAACCUGUCAGUCUUUUGUGUCAGCACACUCGAAUAUAAGCGGACAGAGGACGAUGAGCUUCUACAUGUUACAGAGAUCCCGCAACUGAAGAAUCAUGCACUCAACCUCACAAAGCAGAACCGAAUUAGGCGAGGCAGACAAUUCGUCACCGACGUGCUGGAGGUCUUGAAUUCUCUGCAAAUAUGGGCGUGUGACCAAGUAUGGUUCAACGGCGGCAACGAACAGCGGCGCUAUCAGAGCCUUGAUGAAGCAGCGUUUGCCUUCACGGAAAGUUGCAAAGACACACUCGAGAAGAGCAUACUCCACAAGUUAAGGGGCGCUUUGCACAAAUUCUCAGUAGAGGCUAUCGAGAAAGCGGGAAAAUGGCCCGUGGCAAAGGACAACCGUCUUGGUCUACCCUACGCGACAUAUGCGGCUGUGUGUCGUCGCAAUGCUGAGCUCACAAUAUACAGUGGCGUAUUCUCUGGUGCUCUAGGCGAGCAUGACUUCAAUGAGGAUCUUGUCUCGCCCCUGAAAAGCUAUGUCGAGAAGAACUGGUCCACCACGUUCUCUACCGCCAUUCCCCAGCUUAUAGAAGAAUUUGUGGACAAAUCGAUGGAGCACCAAAAUGCAUUCCAUAAGAUCAUCGUCGAGGAUAUCAGCCCAAGUGUUUCUGCUAAAACGCUCAAGGCGCUCGAAGCCCAGCUCAAGGCCCGAAACACGCAGCUCAACUACAGGUCUGGAGCACUUACUGACGUCAUUAAGCACGUGCAGAGAGAGGCAAGCCGACGAUUCACUCCACCCGUCGCCAACCGCAUGAAGAAGACAUAUGAGCGUGUGAUGGGAGUUAAUGGUGGAAAAGGCAAGUUCACGCGGAUGAAAGAGACCAUGUCGGAGCAAGUCAGAGCCAAGGCAUUCGAGAUGCUCAUCUCGGCCCAUGAGGCUCUGGAGAGCGAGUUUGCCAGCCUGGCAUCACGGCUCGACCAAUGUGCCAGAAGUUGCACAGCCAAAGCGUUUCGAGCACUGGAGCAAGAUUACACAAAUGUCCUCGGUGGCAAUCAUCUCAAAACCAAGGACGACAUAGAGACGAUCGCAGAGACGAAAGAAAAGCUCAGAAAAGUUUUGAGUACGGUGGAUGAGAAGUUUGCUGCUGUCGCCAUCGAGCUUGCAGACGACGACCAGCCAGUGGGACCCGAGGAUCAGAGUCAUGUUGAGGCCCUUGAUGAUGACGAAGACAGUCACAUGGAAGACUCCGAGGACGACAGCGACAACGAGGAGCCUGAGGCUUGA